AAAUGUCAACAAAAUUGAAAUUGCCAAUCUUGUCUCUUGUCUUGAAUCUUGAACUUGAAGUGAUCUUAUCUAUUAAGUUUUACAGAAUCAUGGAAAAGACCGGUUUAAGUCCAAUAGAUCCCAGUUCAUUUUCUAGACCAGAUCUCGCUGUUGUUACUGAUAUAUUUUUGAAUUUGGUCGUUAAUUUUGAGAAGAAAAUAUUGAGCGGACAUGUGAUUUUGUCUGCUAGUAAAGUUGAACCAACUGUUAAUGAAUUGGUUCUCGAUGCUUUUAAACUAAACAUAUCUGGAGUGACUGAUAGCGAAACAAAGGAAAAACUAAAUUUCAAGUUAUCUGAUCAUUUGCAUGAGUUCGGUUCCAAAUUGACUAUUCAGUUACCGAAAUCUGAAGUGAGCAAAAUUAAGAUUUGUAUUGAAUAUGAAACGAGUCCAGAUGCGAGUAGUUUGCAAUGGAUUGCCCCUGAAGCGACGGCUGGUAAAAAACAUCCGUUUCUAUUCAGCCAGUGUGAGCCCACUCAUGCUAGAUCUUUUCUGCCAUGCCAAGAUACGCCAUCUGUCAAACAAACCUACAAAGCUUCAAUUACUGCACCAAAAGAACUGACAUCUCUGAUGUCGGCCAUACAGGAAGAUACAAAAGUAUUCGAAGACACCAAACAGGCGCAAUUCAUUCAAAAAGUUCCCGUACCUUCUUACCUUAUAGCUUUGGCCGUAGGGGCGUUGGUAUCUAAAAAAUUAGGACCUCGUUGUCAAGUUUGGGCUGAAAAUGAGAUCAUAGAAGAGUGCGCUUAUGAGUUCGCCGACACUGAGCAUCAAUUGAAAACGGCUGAAGAAAUUUGCGGGCCUUAUGAGUGGGGAAUUUACGAUUUGUUGGUAUUGCCUCCUAGUUUUCCUUAUGGGGGAAUGGAGAAUCCUUGUUUGACGUUCGUUACUCCAACAUUGCUGGCAGGCGACAGAUCCUUGGCAAACGUUGUAGCUCACGAAAUAGCCCACAGUUGGACUGGUAAUUUAAUAACAAAUAAGAGUUUUGAACAUUUUUGGUUGAACGAGGGAUUUACCGUAUUUACUGAGAGGAAAAUUAAGGGUAGACUCGAAUCGCCUCAGUCACAAGAUUUCGAUGCAUAUACCAGCAUUAGCGAGUUAAAAGAGUGUAUUGAUAGAAUAGGCAAUGACAGUCCUUUGACUCAAUUAGUGGUUGAUCUAAAAGGUGUUCAUCCUGAUGAAGCAUUUUCGCGUGUACCAUAUGAAAAGGGACAAACGUUCCUCAGAUAUUUGGAAUCCAUAGUUGGUGGGCCAACCGUUUUUGAACCGUUCCUGAGAUCCUACUUCCAAACUUUCAAAUACAAAUCCAUCGAUACGGACGAUUUCAAAAGAUUUUUCGACAAUUAUUUCAAAGACGUAUCCGCUAUAAAAUCCAUCGAUUGGAAAACCUGGUUGUAUGCUCCUGGUAUGCCGCCUAUCAUUCCAGAUUACGAUAUUUCUUUAGCUGUCAAAUGCAAUGAAUUGCUGGAUACAUUUUACAAAUGGAAUGGUGAGGGUGCUAUCCCAAUAUCAAUAGAUGAUAAAGACAAUUUGAGUACCAACCAGAUUAUUUACUGUUUACAGAAACUUUCCGGCUCUGAAGCUCAAAAUAUCGAAAAAUUGAAACGGCUAAAUGAACUAUUCAAAUUCGAUGGAGUUAAAAAUGCGGAAAUUAAAUUCAGGUGGUUGCGGAUCUGCUUAAAAGCUCAAUGGGAGGAUAAAGUUGAAGACGCCUUAAACUGGAUCAAUGUUGUCGGUAGGAUGAAAUACGUACGGCCUCUGUAUAGGGAUCUAUUCGAGUGGCAGGUGACCAAGAAUAGAGUGGUGGACAAUUUCAAGUCGAAUAGAAAAAAUAUGAUGCAUGUUACAGCGUAUGUUUUGGCGAAAGAUUUGAAGCUUGAGGCAUAGAUUUGUUGGAAUGUUUUUUUUUUGUAAAUUUAAAUAUUUUCAUAUUUAAAUAAAUAUUUUUAUAUAA